GAUACAGACACGCACACACACACACACACAUAUACACACGCACAAAGCUCGCUCGCCUCGAGCGCACUAACGUGGCCGUUUUCUUUGUGUGUAGCCCUCGAGGGGGGUUGGGGCCCGGGUCCGGUCCGGGGGAGAUGGCGCAGCCCAUCCUGGGCCAUGGGAACUUGCAGCCCGCCUCGGCCGCUGGCCUGGCGUCCCUGGAGCUGGACUCGUCGCUGGACCAGUACGUGCAGAUUCGCAUCUUCAAAAUCAUCGUGAUUGGGGACUCCAAUGUGGGCAAGACCUGCCUGACCUUCCGCUUCUGCGGGGGGACCUUCCCGGACAAGACUGAGGCCACCAUCGGCGUGGACUUCAGGGAGAAGACCGUGGAAAUCGAGGGCGAGAAGAUCAAGGUUCAGGUGUGGGACACCGCCGGUCAGGAACGCUUCCGAAAAAGCAUGGUCGAGCAUUACUACCGCAAUGUGCAUGCCGUGGUCUUUGUCUAUGACGUCACCAAGAUGACAUCCUUCACCAACCUCAAAAUGUGGAUCCAAGAAUGCAAUGGGCAUGCCGUGCCUCCACUAGUCCCGAAAGUGCUUGUGGGCAACAAGUGUGACUUGAGGGAACAGAUCCAGGUGCCCUCCAACUUAGCCCUGAAAUUUGCCGAUGCCCAUAACAUGCUCUUAUUUGAGACAUCGGCCAAGGACCCCAAAGAGAGCCAGAACGUGGAGUCAAUUUUCAUGUGCCUGGCUUGCCGAUUGAAGGCUCAGAAAUCCCUGCUCUAUCGUGAUGCUGAGAGGCAGCAGGGGAAGGUGCAGAAACUGGAGUUCCCACAGGAAGCUAACAGUAAAACUUCCUGUCCCUGUUGAAACCAAAUGGUGUAAAUACAAGAGCAAUUAUCACUGGAGGUUUUUUUCUUUCCCUUUUUUCCGUGCCUGUGUAACAC